AGUACAAUUGAAGAUGAAAUUGGAGUGUCAAUGAGCGAGGAAAUGGAACACGAGUGUGAAGGAGAGAAUGACAUAGAAAAUGUAGCCAUUGAAGAUACUGACUCGACUCCACCAAUGACACCAGUUACUCCGAGAUCAUCAAACUCCAAUAACAGCUUGAGUAACGCUCCUCGUGGGAAGCGGAAACGUUCAAUGGAGCAUAAAACAGAUGAAAUAUUGUCACUGGUGGACAAAAAAUUGAACACAAUGCAGCCACCAGAUCCAUUCGACACAUUCGGCCAGCAUGUGGCGAACAAGCUACGUGCACUCACCCCCCAACAGAAUAUCAUUGCACAAAAAUUAAUCAAUGAUGUGCUAUUUGAAGGUGACAUGGAAGCUUUAAACAGAAACUUUAAGGUUGUUGAGGUUGACACACUUUCAAACAUGGAAAGCCAAAACCUGACACAGUUUUUUAAAGGUUUUCAAUAA